GUUAGCGAAUGAGAUAGAAUCUUUUGUGAAAAACAGAACGUCCAUAUUGAGGAACCAUUCAUCACCUCCAUCCCUGACGAUUUUUUCGUUGCAGAACGCCUCUUCCUGGUUGGACUUGGUCCCUCCGUACAAACAGGAGGCCCCGAAAACCCCACCUCACAUAAUUCUUCACUAUGUGGCCUUCAAGACUACUUGGGACUGGAUUAUCCUUGUGCUGACCGGCUACACCGCUGUCAUGGUCCCAUUCAACGCCGCGUUCAAGAGCAAAACCAUGGAUGAUGUCAGCUUCCUGGUGGUCGACAGUAUUGUGGAUGUGAUCUUUUUUAUUGACAUUGUUUUGAAUUUUCACACGACAUUUGUCGGUCCGAACGGCGAAGUUAUCUCGGACGCCACGAUUAUUCGAAUAAACUAUUUGAAGGGUUGGUUUCUUGUGGAUCUGCUCUCAUGUCUGCCUUAUGAUGUAUUCAACGCCUUCCAACCUGAAGCGACUCAGAGCACCAUCAGUUCUCUAUUCGGCGCACUCAAAGUAGUCCGGCUUCUACGAAUUGGACGAGUGACAAGAAAACUCGACCAGUAUCUUGAAUACAUGGCCGCCAGUCUAUUGUUGAUGAUCGCCGGAUUCGUACUGCUUGCUCACUGGCUAGCCUGUGUAUGGUACAGCGUUGGUAGUACGGAUUUGAAGAACGGUAUUCAAUACGGAUGGAUACCACGACUGCUGAAUGAUAUUGGCCAAAGCAAGUCACAACCAGCCAACUGGACAACUGGGUACAAACCUAAUUCUCUGCAAAAUUUCUCCCCACCGCUCCACUUCUCGACAGAAUAUUCCGAUUCCCCGCACCAUGACCUAUGUGACCUCAUUGUACUUUACACUGUCCUUGAUCACGAGUAUCGGAUUUGGCAAUGUGUCAGCCACAACAUUUGGGGAAAAGUUGGUAUCCGUUGUCUUCAUGCUCAUAGGCGGAUUCUCGUGUCAUUAGGCGAUAAGUGCUUCGUUUGCAGUAGAACCAAUACUAAAAGUCACUUUGUGGUUACCUCUGCUCAUUAUGUCUCGCCCUUUUUGACAGCUUUUGGUUACGCAACCAUUUUUGGUAAUGUGACCACGAUAUUUCAAGGCAUGUAUGCAACCCGAUCGCGAUAUCACGAUAUGAUGGGUUCGGUAAAGGAUUUCAUCAAAACACACAGUGUGCCGAAAGAUUUGGCCGAGAGAGUGAUCGAUUAUGUGACCUCGACAUGGGCAAUCACCAAAGGGAUUGAUACAGCGAAGGUGCUAAACUACUGUCCGAAAGAUAUGAAAGCCGAUCUUUGUAUACACCUGAACCGAAUGGUCUUCAACGAACAUCCUGCAUUCCGACUGGCAAGCGAUGGUUGUCUGCGAGCCCUGGCUGUGAAGUUUAGUACAAUACACACGGCCCCAGGAGAUCUGAUCUUUCAUCAGGGUGAAAGUAUUGAUCAGCUGUGCUUUGUGGUGUCGGGUUCUCUGGAAGUCGUGCAAGAUGAUGAGAUUGUGGCAUUCUU